GAUGGAAUCCUGAUAGAGAAAUGAAAUGUUCAGAUAGAAUCCGAAAAAGAAACCAAAAUUUUCAAAUACAAUCCGCUUUACAAUACCGGUUCGAAUAAGUGCGUGUGUACUCUAUAUACCGUUUUUCCACUCUUUUUUUUCAGAGAUAAGUAUUGACAUGUAAUUUUUUAUCUGAUUAAAAAAGUUUUUAUGGCAUGACACACGACACACUGGAUAACCAAUUUGACUUUUCCGGCUAUUGUUCUUACAAAGCUUAACUUAUGACAACAAGACUUUUUUUGGGAGUUGAAUUGGAAAGUGAUUCCCCUGCAAAAGUGUAAUUAUUUCAAUGGUCCUGAUUACUGCAAAAAAUAGAAAAGUUAUUUUUGCUGUAAUCACCAUUUUACAAAGAAUGAUUGACACACCUAUUUGUCAAAUGGCUUGAAAUAUGUGUUACUUCCUCCAAUAACUUCAUACCGAUGAUAGAAAUCUCUUCGAAUAUACACGUAGAAAGAAAUACGUUGAAAUGGCCGCUGAAAAUUUUAGUAGUUCAACUGUUAGUCUGAAAGUUGUGCCGAUCGGUUUAUGCAUUGUUCUUAUUGUACAUAUCGUUGGAUAUUCUUUGCCAAGAUGGACCUUAUUUGAAAUUAGUGAAGAUGAUAUCGUCGAAAGCAUUGAAUUGCCGUUAAAUUUUGGUACCGCCAAUAUCACUGACGAGAUGCUCUUUUGUCAAGCCUUUACCAUAAAUGUUCAAUUUGGUCUGUGGAAAUAUUGCACAUGCAAAAGUUGUGAUGGCUUUGAAACCUGCUCUUGCGAUACAAUUAAAAAACCUGAAGACUGGCUGAAGGCAGCUCAAGCGAUGGAAACACUUGGCAUUAUUGGAUUGCUAAUUUCUAUUUCUAUUUCUGUCGUCAUAUUGUGCUCUAGGCAAGAUAAGACAAUAAGAGUUAUCAACAUUACUAUUGUUGCUUCCUCCGGUAUAUUUAUCCUUAUUGGUGUUACUGUAUUUGGAAUUAAAACCUCUGAAGACACGUCAAGUACAAAUCUAUCCGGAGAGUUUAGCAUCUGUGUAUUUAGUGGAGUACUCUGCCUGCUUGUGUGUCCACUCCUGUUACAUGACUAUGUCACCUAUACACCAAACGCAGUGCAACGAAUCCACCCGACGCCAGUACAAGUCAUAAACCAAGGUCACGUAAUGAUUCGUCCGCCUGGAAACUCCAAUGCUGUCAUUAACACAGUAGUACCACAGCCGGUCGGCUAUAUGCCGACAUAUACACAGGCAUAUCACACACAGCCUGGUUACAUCGUGCCUACACAGAUUACGCAAUAUCUUGCCGCCCAGCAACAGGCACAACAGAACCUGUAUGGAGCGCAAUACUCCUAAAGGGGAAACGGAAAUAAGUCUGCCUUAAAGUUGUUGAUAAACAGUACAUUUUGACCAACGUCAAUAGUCUAUUCUUUGUGCAUCGUUUAACUUUAAAGGUAAAAUCUCAAUGACAAUGUAUAUAAUGUAUCGUUUUAAUAGGAUUAUCUUAUCUUCUUUUGUGUGAUGAAAUAAACAUUUUCAUACAUCUGUAAACACUCCUAAAUAAUGUAUACAUUGAACAAAGCCCAAAGAUGUUUUCGUAAUAAGUCAUGGAAUUCACAUGCAUGGACACCUACUGUUUUCUGUCAGAGCCAUCGUUCAUAGAUUGGUCACAAUGCGAUGAUACAUACGUAAAAACGAUACGAAGACGCUGUAUCAGUCUUCGCAUCGUAUUUUUGCGUUUUCGCAAUUUUGUCAGGGCGAAGGGUCGAAACAACGAUAGAUUUUAAAAUUUAAUGAUUUACCUUCUUCUAACCACACUUUAUAGAAAGCAUGACCGUAUGGUAGGACUUUAUCGAAGUAAGAAAAUGAGUGUUCAUAUUAACAUCUUUUGUUUAGAAGCAAGAAAGUUGAAUAGAUGCAAAUAAAUACGGUUCAUCAAAGUAAUAACGUUGUGGUUUAACCAGUCAAAUUACUUAGACUAAUAUUGGAAUUAUACAAACUUUCACUAGACGAAUACGAAUAUAAAACAAAAAAUCGUCGACAAUACAUCUCUCAUACUAUUUAUGUAAGCGUCUCAAUAUAAGACAUUUUUUUAAAUAAUACAUCUCAUACUAUUUUAUGUAAACAUCUCUGAAUAUAAAAUAAUUUGUCAAUAGUAUAUUUCUCAUACUAUUUAUGUUACCUUCUCUGGGUAUAAGGUAAUCGAUACAUAAUAUAUAUCUCACAAUUUUUUACAUACAUAUUCUCUGAAUAUAAAAUGAUUCGUCGAUAAUAUAUAUAUCUUAAUUCUCUGAAUAUGAAAUAAUUCGUCAAUAAUGCAUAUCUCAUACUAUUUAUGAAAUCGUCUCUGCUUGUUAACCAAACAUUUAUGGCAUGUGACAAGAUGUAAAUUCUACAUGGAACCGUCUAUAUUUAAUGACAUUUAUGUGAAGAAGACAUGGUGUUUUAUUUGCAACAAAAUAUAGUCAAUGAUACAAUGAGGAUCGAAUUCGUGAAUAUCGUGUUUCCUUGUAACUUUAUGAAGUUUGAAUAACUCUGAGUAUUUGAUAACUGUUGAAUUUCAUCAUAACUUAUCCAAUUUUUUUUAUUUUCUCACCAUACGAGUAUUGUAAUAUUACUUAAGAAAUGUAUGAAAAUUAAAAAACUGUAUAACUAUGUGUUGUGCUUGUUUAUU